CGCGGACGGAAGAUGGCGUCCGCCACCCGUCUCAUCCAGCGGCUGCGGAACUGGGCGUCCGGGCAUGACCUGCAGGGGAAGCUGCAGCUGCGCUACCAGGAGAUCUCCAAGCGAACUCAGCCUCCUCCCAAGCUCCCUGUGGGUCCUAGCCACAAGCUCUCCAACAAUUACUAUUGCACUCGUGAUGGCCGCCGGGAAUCUGUGCCCCCUUCCAUCAUCAUGUCGUCGCAGAAGGCGCUGGUGUCAGGCAAGCCAGCAGAGAGCUCUGCUGUAGCAGCCACUGAGAAGAAGGCGGUGACUCCAGCUCCUCCCAUAAAGAGGUGGGAGCUGUCCUCGGACCAGCCUUACCUGUGA